AGGGCUAGGGCAGAGUGUAGGGGUGUGAGGGCGCCGGGGGAGAGGCGCCUCUCCCUGGCCGCGGCAGCUCCAGGGCAGGGGCCAGGAGAGAGGUGCCUCUCCCCACCUGUGCAGCCCUUGAUAUCCUGCCACGCGGCUUAGAGGGAACUUAGGUGGAGACCCACGUGUGUCUCCCUCCUGACCAGGGUAUUUCCAGGCUACGCUGAUUACACCGAGUUUCUCAGCAAGUCUGACUCUAGUUAAUCUAUCCCCUCGAGUGACAGAAGCUAGGUCAACAGAAGAAUUCUUCACUGACGUACCAGUGUCUACACUGGGUUUAGGUUGGCUUUUAACUACAUCUCUCAGGGGUGUGAAGGUUGACCUAACUUUUAGGUGUAGACCAGGUUUCAGGACCCUCCCACAAACUCCACUUCUCAAAAGCUGAAGACUUCUUUCUCUCUUCCAGGAUUGGUUGGCAGGGGCAUCCCCCAAACAGUCUAAAACAAUUAGCAUCUUAAACAGCCAAGCUUUAGAUAUGGGCAACAGCCUGCAGCUUAUUAGCAGCUUAUGUUUUUUAAGAAAGGCCUUGGCUGCGGGCAGGUUGGCAGCACUGUGGCUGGGGAAGGAAAUGCGGGGACGUGCCUUCCCUGGCGGCAGCCCUGCAAAUCCGCCUGUCACUGGUGCUCAGUGCUUCCCCCUGGGGCUGCCGCCCGGCAAAGCUACUAUACAGGGACCGUGCAGGAGCUAAGGGGCUGCAGGUUGGGAGGGGUGGCUGUGGGCAGGGCAGUAGCGGGGAGCAGGGCCUGCAGCCUGGAAGUUGGAGCAGAACGAUACCUCUCCUUGCACCCUCCAGGCUGCGCCCUGCCGAGUGUUAACUAAAAAACAGAUUUUGGGGACCCCCCCCAGAAUACCUCACCUACUAACCAGUCUGUUUUUCCUAAAGUAUGGGUUUCCAGGGUGGCUAUGGAAAUACCUGGGGCUUGCCAGGGGCUCCCCAGAACAGCUCGGAUGUGUUACCCCCAGAAGACACGGAUACAGCCUUCCGAUAAAUGAUUGACACCGGCAGUCUUCUUUCCAAAACAAAGACACCUUUUUCUGGUGCAAACACCAACCCCUAAUACAACAAUAAUCUAUCCCCCUACCCCACAGAUCCCUGGUUCCAAGUUCAAGAGCAUCCCAAACCACAAUAACCAUACAGCUAAAAUGAUUCCAAGCGGCUGUGCCUUCUCACAGGUGGCCAGUCUGUCACAAGACACUGACAGCAGUUCGUAACUGUACUUUGUCUUCCAUACAUAAAUUCCUUUUACAAUCAACACACAGAACCUACAUCUUCAUUAACCCAGGCAUACGCAAUUACGCACAAACACUUAGACUGACUCUACUAUAACUGUAACUGAGAGGCUUACUCUGCUGGCAGGACUCCCUCUGUUGCUGCUCGUUACAGUUGCUGCGGGUGCUGCUGUUUCUCCGACAGCUCCUCUCCCAGGGAUUGUCCAACCCCCCUCCCAUGCGUACCCUCCACAAACUCCUCAGCUAUCUGCUCUCUCUCCAGCUGUCUUCGCCUUAGGUCCCUGCAUCUCCCUCCUUGACUAUCAGCUGCCCGCUGACACCCUGCCCUUUCUACUGCCCUGUCAGAACUUUCUAAUCACUUCUGCUACUGUCCAAUGAAGUGAGCUGUAGCUCACGAAAGCUUAUGCGCAAAUAAAUGGGUUAGUCUCUAAGGGGCCACAAGCCCUCCUGUUCUUUUUGUGGAUACAGACUAACACGGCUGCUGAAACCUGUCCUGCAACCGUUAUUUACCCCACGGUGUUGUGAUCUGUCAGUCGUUGUUUACCACUUUCUUUUUCCCACCAACUUGACUUUUGGUAUGUGACCUUUAGCCUACGUUUAAUGGGGUUACCAGAGCUUAUCAGUGGAGUGACUCUUCUUAUAUCAAAUGGAAACUAGGGACACAAAAAUGGAGUCUGGGGAAUUUCUCUGCUAUCACCGGGGACUAUACACAGGGAAGGAAGAGCUGGGAUGUGCUGAGCCCCAAUCCCCGGAGAGUACAGGGGUAGGUAUGGUGCAGCCCCACAGACCCCCCCCCAUGCCCCAUAGAAAGCCCUGGCACCCAGGCUGCAGCCCCCUCCCCACUGCCACCCUGCCCAAAGCCAGGUUUGCAAGGCUGCAGCCAGGGAAGGCACAUUUCAGUGCCUCCUUCCCCAGUUGUUGUCUUGCAAACCUGCCUUCCACUUGUUGCCAGACAAUAGCAACUUCUUGCUGGAAGCCAAGGGGCUGCCAAUAAGCAAAAUCUACUGUAUUAUACGUGACUAUGAUAGCAAGCCCUGGAGACUGCCGUGCUAAGGGGACACUUCUCCCUGUGACAUGUGUAGCACACAUCUUUGUCUUUCCACUGGCACGCUCUCCUUUGACAGCUUCUCGGUGUUAGGAUCUGAAAGCCAAAAUCAGCAUGCACCCUAGGCAGAGCAAAAAAACAUCCAGCAGAUGAUAGACUCCUGGCAGAAAACUGUUUCCUUGGGACAUGGCCGUCUGGUGCCAAGAGGCUGGAAUUUGCACCCUCAAUGUACUGCUAAUAAAACACCAGCUACAACUCUGACAUUAGACCCACAGACUUUAAGGCCAGAAAGGACCAUGGUGAUCAUCUAGUCUGGCCUCCUGCCCAUCGCAGGCCACCGAGCCUCGCCCACCCUCUCCUGUAACAGACCCUGUAAUGUUGAGCUUCCUGUUUACAAUAAAUUCCUGCAGGCUUUUUCCUCCAAUUUUCAAUUUAAUGAAUCUUUUUUUCAAUCUGAUACUGACUCUGCCUGCACUCAUCCUGCCUGAGUCUGACUCCGUACGUCACAUUCUGCUUUGUCUAGCCUGAUUCAUUGGGGCUGGGUCUUUUUAAACACUUUGGGGGGAAAAUCUUGAGAUUUUUUUUCCCCGUUAAUCUCUCUGUAAAGUGUCCUAGCAUGCAGGCACUUAAUUACUCACGUAAAGUCCUACCGAAAGCAGGGCUAGGCUAUGAACCCUUCUCUUCCGGACCAUGAGCUGAUUUCUCAGGCCCAGCUCCUUGGAGAUAUUCAGGCAGGGUUAGGGUUAUCCGAUGCAGUGAGCUGUAGCUCACGAAAGCUUAUGCUCAAAUAAAUGUGUUAGUCUCUAAGGUGCCACAAGUCCUCCUGUUCUUUUUGCGGAUACAGACUAACACGGCUGCUCCUCUGAAACCAGUUAAGAAGAAAUUUCCUCUGUGGGCAGAUUAUCCCGUAACUGUCCAGUAGGGGGAGUUCUUUCACUUUCCUCUGACACAAGGAUUACUGGGAUCCUAGAAUCACAGGGUUAGCAGGGACUGCAAGAGAUUGCGGAGACUAGCCUGGGAUGGAUUCCUCCGUUUCCGUCCCAUUUUCAGCCAGAGAAAUGAUCCUGAACUUCAUUUACAGCUUCCUCUGAGUAAAGGACUUGACUAAUUUUUACUAGUACUGGUUUUUUUUCACCUCUGCCUUGGUACCAUGAGCUUAAACUGCAAAGCCGGCAGAGGGAGCAAAUUCCUAGCUGGUACAUUUUAGAAAAAGAUUUUACAGUAACUUGAGCAAACUCCCAAGAUUACAAACAAAUCCCGGGUUUCACACGGAACUGGGCCUUUUCAGGUUGUUAGCCAUUUCAAAAGUCGGACGAGGCAGCAUUCUGGAUUGGGCGCAAAAUGAAAAAUUUCAAAACUAUGAGCAAAUCGAAAUAUUGGCAAACAAAUUUCAUGGGGGGGCGGGUUGACUGAAACAUUUCAUUUCAACCAAAUUGAAACAUUUUGUUUCGGUUUUAAAACUUUUGGGGAUAUUGUUAAGGAAAUUACAGGAAACUUGGAUGCAAAAGGAUGUUUCAAAACAACAACAGAAAGAAACAUUUUGUUCUGUUGCGUGACUGCAGCAUGAAACAAAACUUGGAGAGUGAGCUGCCUGGGAUAAGUAGACUCCUACCCCGAUGGAAACCUGGCUGAGGGCGAGAAGUAGGCGAUGCUGCCAGCAUGGGCUUGCUUUGCUUUUCCAAUCUAUCCUAAGGGACCCUCCACACUGUAUUCCGGUUCUGGCUUAUUCUGCAAAGGCUGCGCUGUGUCCCUGCAAAACAUCGGCUGCGUGUAUGCCUCCCAAGAGAGCCAGGCCAUGCCGCUCGGGGGGAGAGGAACUGAGCCUUUCCACUGACCCCAGCAGCUCAACUGGAUCCCAACUGGAGCCGCACAGAGCUUCUUCCUGCUCGGCUGCUGCCUGGCUUGGGGUGUGCGUGUCAGUCACACACCAGCUGUAGCUGGCUCGUUGGGAGCUCAACAGCUGGGGCCGGGCCCCUGCACAUUUCACCGAGGGCCUCACCCUUUGCAGAUAACCAGCCAUGCCCGGCCGGGCGCUCUGCCUCCUGUGUAGUUUGGUGAUGCCCGCCACCUUCCUGUGCGCAGAUCUGCUUCCCAGGGUCACCUUUCCAAGAGGAGACCCCCGGAGGACCCUAACCAGCUUCAGCCAGGAUGGAACCUUCCACUAUGAUACUUUCCUCUUGAGCGAAGAUGAAGGCACUCUGUAUGUGGGAGCUCGAGAUACCAUCCUCUCCCUCCGGGUGGACAGUGCUGGGUCCAUGGAGCUGACAGGCUCAAUAGUGUGGCAACCCGUGCCUGAAAAAAAGCAGGAGUGUGUCUUUAAGAAGAAAAGCAAUCUGACAGAGUGCUUCAACUUCAUCCGUGUCCUAGAGCCAGUGAAUCAGACUCACCUGUACACCUGUGGGACCUAUGCCUUCAGCCCCACCUGCUCUUACAUUAAUCUGGAGAAUUUCAGCCUGGUUUCUGUCAGCCAAGGGCAGCCCCUCCUCCAGGAUGGGAAGGGACAGUGCCCCUUCGAUCCCAGCCACAAGUAUACGGCCAUCCUGGUGGGUGGGGAGCUAUACACGGGGACCAUGAACAACUUCCAAGGCAACGAGCCCAUAAUCUCCCGCGCCCUGAGCAGCAGGACCUUGCUGAAGACCGAUGCCUUCCUCAGGUGGCUGAAUGUCGACGCGGGCUUCGUGGCCUCCGCCAACAUCCCUGGAGACGAGAAGGUCUAUUUCUUCUUUGAGGAGACGGCCGAGGAGUUUGAUUUCUUUGAGAAGCUCAUGGUCUCCCGAGUGGCUCGUGUGUGCAAGAAUGACGUCGGAGGAGAGAAGGUGCUGCAGAAGAAAUGGACCACGUUCCUGAAAGCCCAGCUGAUGUGCUUCCAGCCGGGACACUUCCCUUUCAACGUGAUCCAUCACGCCUUUGUCCUACCCCAGCCAGGAGGGGGCGCCGUCUUCUAUGGAGUCUUCACUUCACAAUGGCAGGCGGGAGAUGCAGGCAGCACGGCGGUGUGCGCUUUCAACCUGGAGGACAUCGAAAGAGUCUUCAAUGGCAAAUACAAGGAGCUGAACAAGGAGAGCUCCCGGUGGAUGACAUACAGCGAUGCGGUCCCUGAGCCCCGCCCGGGCAGCUGCUCAGUGCGCCCAUCGGCAGACAAAGUCCUGACCUUCAUGAAAAACCACUUCCUGAUGGAUGGGAAGGUUGUGCCCAGGAACAAGCAGCCGGUGCUGGUGAAGCAGAACGUGAAAUAUACGCGGAUCGCAGUCGAUCAGACCCGCAGUGUCUCGGGCACCUCCUAUGAGGUGAUGUUCCUGGGAACAGAUCAAGGAUUCCUGCACAAAGCAGUGGCUCUGGCCAGCGGUGCUCAUAUCAUUGAGGAAAUCCAGCUGUUUAAGGACCCGGAACCUGUGCAGAACCUUCUGUUCUCACCUGGGAAGGGGAUCCUGUAUGUGGGGUACUCCAAGGGGGUCCUGCAGGUGCCGCUGGCCAACUGCAGCGUGUACAGGAGCUGUGCUGACUGUGUCCUCGCCCGAGACCCCUACUGUGCCUGGCACGGGCGCAGCCAGUUGUGCCAGGAGACCCGAGCCACAAACAAAAACACGAGCGACUGGCUGCAGGACAUUGAGACGGGUAGGCCGGGGGCUACGUGCCAGCAGAUCGGUGGGAAAGGCAGGGCCACGCCCAGAUCUCGGGACGACUUGGGCAGCAGCCUGGUAAAAACGUUGAGCCCAGCCCUGAACUCUGUGAUUCGGCUGCCGUGCCCGCAGCUCUCUGCCCUGGCCGAUUACACCUGGAGCUACCCAGGGCCGAAGACCCCGGCGGGGCUGACGGUGUUGGACGAUAAGACCCUGGUGAUCAUCAUGCAGCGCCAGGCAGCAGGCGAGUACACGUGCUGGGCCAGCGAGAACGGGCACCACCAACCUGUGGCCCGCUAUGCGGUGCAGGACCCCACGGGGGGCGACGGCUACCCCGACGUCCUGAGAGAGAGCGGAGGGGACAGCAUGGCCGGGGAAGGGCUGGAGCGGGGGGCAGGCCCGCAGGGCGGGCACCGCUCCUACUGGGCGCAGUUUCUGUCAGUGAUGGUGCUGCUGUUAGUGACGCUGGCCGUAGCAAUGGCCGUGGCCGCCUUCUCCUACCACAGCAGGCUCAAGGCCAAGAGCAAGGUGCAGGGUUGCAACACCCCCGAAGCCACCAAGGUGUCCAAUCGGGAGAAGGUGCCGCUGAACGGAGGCCGGAGCCCACAGCUACAAGGGCCCUUCCAGGAGCGGGCCAAGGACCCCAGGGACUGCUGUGUCCAGAUGGAGGGGCUGUACCAGGACAUAGACGCGGACAACAACAGGUUAAGCGCCAGCCUGGGGGCCAGGCAGGGCUCCCAAGGGGCGGCUCUGGAGAAAGCUUAAGCUGGCCGUGCCUGCCCCGACCUGCCUUUCGUCUCGAAAUCAGCCGUGUCGUGGUAACGAGCAGCCCUACGAUAACAAACCAGUGUGUGUGUGUGUGUGGCUCACCGCUUGGGAGCAACCCUACAGUAACAAACCGGUCUGCGUCCAGCCCCCAAAUUCAUAACAAACGUUGUAUCAGCUGGUUAGACCUCCCACACGGCGCGCGCCCAGAAACUGCACCUGCUCCUCGUCCGUUGCCAGCUGCUGCCGCCCGCCCAUGUGUGGGUCGCUCCACCACUGAAGAGCGAUGGGCCCCGCCUGCCUCACUGCGCUGUCUGGGCAUCACCAGCAGCCAAGUCGUGGGAGGGGCGUUAAAAAAAAACCAAAAAAAAACCCCUUCCGCUUUUGGGUUUCCGCACCAACCAAGAGACAAACACGGAGCACAUCUGGGGCUCUAGAUGACUGGGUUCAAUGGAGCUGGAGGGCAGAGCAGCACUGAAGAGAGCAUGAGCCCUUCCUGGCUAGUGCCCGCUGCGGGUUCAAGCAGGGAGCAACCCCGCGGUGGGAUCUGAAUGUGCCCAGUGUCGCUGUGUCUAUGUAGCUGCUGCUUCCCCGGCUGGUGCCCCCAGCAAUUGGUGACAUCCCUGCGCUGGCCUGGACUAGCUGGGAGUUGCCACGUCCCCUCUGCGAGUGCUGUGGACGAAGGCCAAUAAGCGAUGCUGCAGCUGCAUGUUACCUAGCGUGCCCCUGGCCAGCUCGGUCCUCCCCUGUGUGGGAAGCAGUUGGUGCCAGUCGAUGCCUGGGUGUAGCUCUGCUGGGGCCCAAUCCGGCUCCUUACAGCUCUGAAUAUGGGGUCUAAUGUUCUGCCUUUGAGCGCAGGGUCAGCAGUUCAAAUCCAGCCGCGGCUGGCAAUGAUCAGACAGCUGAUCCUCGUCGGCCUGCGUGCAACGAGCAGCUGGGCUCCCAGUCUAGUUCCUGCUUGGCCAGAGGUCUGGAUCACAACAGCCAAUGCUAACUGGCCCCCGCAACGGGGAGACCGGCGAUGGCCCACAUCAUGGAGACUGCGCUCUGCUCUGGGGGGUGUCCUUCCAUCAGAGGGCAUUGAACGGUCACUCCCUGCUGUGUGUGGGUAGACGGCUUUAGGUCCUGAUUCUCAUUUACACUAAGGCCUCUUUAAACCACUCUGGUCCGGUAAAGGAGGUAUAAAUUAUAGCCACGUCCCCUCUGUACUGCCGGAGGGGUAUAAGGGGCCUUUUAGUGUGAGAACCAGGCUGAGUCCCUGGGGUUUUGGAGCCAACAGCCUGAAAAAUCGGCUUGGGGGGAGGGGAGGGGACUUGCAAGGGGCUUUGGGGAUGGGGAGGAGGCAGAGGUUGUGACUGAAUGUGAAGUUGUUGUUUUUUUAAUUUAAUGUUUUUAGAUUUAAGUUAAACUUUUCCUGGUAGCAGCGACGAGCCAUCGAACCCUUUGUUUCACCACCUCUGCCAGCUGCGGAAGGAAUGCAGCUACCGAAACCAGCUCCGAGCCCAGCAGCUGGCCGAUAGCCACACUGACAGUGCCCAGUGGCUGGGUUCGGAGCCUCGGAGCCGGGAGCGCAAACGUGGUGCGGUUUUUGCACGAACCACUUGGUUGCACCCGGGGCUAAACACAGCCAGGCGAGUGGAUUUCCCUGGGAAAGGCUUCAGAUUGCUCCCUAUCCAAUGGGAUCAGUUUGCUCGUUUCUAAAACCCUUCUUCAACCGCAUCAGUAUUAUUUUGUGAUGGAUAAAUUAGCCCCAUGUAUUGCUGGUCUGCUAUAGCUCUGACACUGCUAUUAUGCUUCAGUGAAAUCAACGCAACACGGGAUGGGUUCACUUGUUACAUUUUCCAGCAGCGCGGGCGGGUUCUACCAGGGUGUCCUUCGAAAAUCCAGGCUUCUUUCUCAGUUACACUCACACCCACUAACCCUGCUCUGUGCAAGACUGGUUUCUCAGGCACUGUGGGCCUGAUUCUCAUUUACAUCCAGGUCCUUUUACCCUGCUCUGUCAAGGUAGAUGAGAACCAGGCUCUGGAGAUUUCAGACGCUGGGGCAGUUGCAUGGUUGCAAAUUAUGGCUUCAAGUGGCAAUGCCUGUUAGCACCAGGGCUUCCAACCGUGCAACUACGCUGAUGCUCGUAACCGGAGCAGAUCCCCAGCUUAUGGUACAAUAGCCGCCUGAUCUGAUGUAAGAGCAUUGUCUGAGCUCAGUGACAGACUCAACGCCCUUACAAAAAAACAUCCAAGCAAAACUCUUCCCUGGAACCUUUCCCUCUUUCAUUCUGUUCACUGGAUAAAAAUGGGUGUAUCUACAUGGAGAUUGCUAUGUGACUGUGAAAUCCUGCUGGAGACAAGGCCAGGGAGUUUUUACCUUGAUGUGGCUAGUCAAGGUGAACUCCAGGAGGGGCAGGGUUCACUUGGACAAGCCACACUGACAGCUACCUGGGCCUCGUCGGCAUGUGGAGUUUAUUCUGAGGUACGCAGGCCUUUCCGCAGUGAAGACCUAGCCUGUGUGUGCAACCUCCUGCUCUCAUUCAUGUGCCGUCUACUGCUCUACAGUGACUAGAUUCUUCGAUCAAGGGCCUGAGCUUUUACAGUCAGGACAAAGCCCAUUCUAUCUCUCUGUGUCGCUGAUCACCGGGGUCUGUGCCACGUUGUUCGGACUGCAGUGGCAAGCACAGCUUUCGGGCCUGAUCCUCCGCUGGCGUCCAUCAGCGUAGCACCUUGGGCUCAAUGCGUAUCUAUACCCGCUGGGGAUCAGGCACUAUUAACUUCAGCGGAGCUGGACCAGUUUACACCCGCUUGGGAUCUGGGCCCAUUAACGUCAGUGGAGCAGGGCCACAUUAAACCAGCUGGGGAUCUGCCCCUUCAUUGCUUGUUUUAUGAUGUUUAACCUUAUUUUUUUUAAAGAAAGAUGUACAUCUUCCUGCUCUGGAUACAUUUUAUUUUUUAUUAAAAAGCGAAUGUCACACUCA